UACAUGUGAACUCGCCUUAAUCGUUUAGUCAACAAGUCUGUCUGCCUGCCCUGAUGUCUCGGGCUGCCGACAGUGGCUGUGCCGAGAUCACAUGAAACAUAGCGCGCAAUGGCAAUCAGCUGAUGCGGUGUUACCAACUACAAACACCACAAUCUCACUUGUCACCCAUUAUACUUACAGAUAAUCGGAAAGAACACUAAAUCAACAAAAUAUCUGGUAAUAUCACACACUAAAUCACAAACACAACAAAUUAUAAGUUUCUGAAGAGGAUAUGCAUUUUCUUUGUCAUGCGUCGGCCCACCAGGAUAUUGGUAACAGUGCAUCACUCAACUUAUCACCAAAGUUUUGUUUAAGUUUGAAAUAUUUAUUUAGCAGUGAAAGCAACCACAACGUAAUUCCAUUCAAGGCUAGAAACAGACAGACAGGUUAACAGCACCAGGUGGAGUCAUGCCUCGGCACUUUGUUGUCAGCGGCCCGGCCCAGAAGAAGUGUGGUGUUGUAGCAGCAAAUUACAAAGAAUUCUUAAAAAAAUGCAGAAAAAAAUUCAAUAUAAAGAAAAGUGAAGAGAUCGUUGUCACACUUGAUGACAAAACAGAAGUUGAUAAGGAAUACUUUGAAUUUCUUGUAGAUGGCACAAAACUGUUUAUUUCAAAAGCAAAAGACUUUGACACUGCUGACUACAUCCAUCAGCUUGCAUCCUUCCUCCAUGCCUGCCUGGACCGUCAGCCACAGUUACACCACAAAGUUAUGAGUUGCUUACAAGAGCCAGUAAGUUCUAAGCAAGCAGCAACACUGCUGCAGGUCAUUGCCAAAACUACAGAUGAUUCCAUAGCUCGGACUUCAAAAGAUGAUGACUCUGAGUGGUUUAAAGGGUUGGACACAAGGUUUAAGACUAAGGAAGCUGUCAUGCGCAAUAGUGCUGAGGCAAGGAUGCGAGGUUAUCUAGACCACACCAAGAGAGAACUGCUUGCUGAGAACUUGCCACACGAUUCCCCACAGAAUAAUGCAAUCCUCUUUUUUAAGGAAAAACUGCGCAAUUCUAAGUACAACGCUAGUUACUUUGACCGCUCAACUGUGUCAGAACAAGAACGUCUGUGUGACUCCCAAGGAAUCUUUGAGUGUGAGGGGCCCUAUGACCAACACCAAUGUCCCGGCAUCCAUUACAUCAAUCCCUACGCCUCCAGGGAAGCCAGGAUUGUCUUCUCUACUUGGAAUUUUGAUCAUGUGAUUGAAAAAUCCAGAAGCAUCAUACCAGAACUGAAAGCUGCUCUCUCAAGCCAAAGAGCAUCUUGUGUAAAUCUCCAGUACUUUUAUGACCUCCUCUUCCUGCACAAGAAUCCUUCUACAGGUGCUUUAAAGGCAAAUGGUAACUUGAAGCUAGUACACAUUGCUUGUCAUGUUAAGAAACCACAUGAAUGUCAAUGCAAGUCCGAGAAGAUAUUCUUAGACCAACAUGACGAGGUGGAUGGGCAAACUCCACACCACCAUACCAAACUUCAACGACAGAGAGUGAAGAGGCCACUACCCAACUCAAGUUACUUCACAAGAAGCAAGAAACUGCACAGAUCCAUAGAUUGCUGGGUGCAGAAUGGUUACAGAUGAAAAGAUGUGUUACUCCACCAAGAGACUAGAGUGUAACUAGACCAUGACACAGAAGGUUCCUAAUAAGAUUACAACUACUACAAACUACUACAAAUAUAUUUGAUAACCAGUCAUCACCAUACAAAGAAUAGUACAAGAAUGCAUUUUGUAUGCACAGUGAACAAAAGUUGUAUACAAUCUUCAUCUCAUCCCGAUGAUUUACAUGACAUAUGUUAUUACAUACCUAUUUGAUUUUUUCAUUCCACUCAUUAAUUACAUUCCUGUAUUAGCUACAACCUUAAAAUUCCUACAUUCUCAUUCUCUUCAGGCUAUUCAUUUUAUCAUUAACCCCUUCAUAGGCAAGACAAAUGUAGGCACAACCAAAUGGAAAGAAUCUGUACUACUAUAUAUAUAUAUAUAUAUAUAUAUAUAUAUAUAUAUAUAUAUAUAUAUAUAUAUAUAUAUAUAUAUAUAUAUAUAUAUAUACACACACAUACACAUACACACACACACAAUUCUGCUGACCUUCAGUCAUACAUCUGUAUAUUGUUCUCCACCUAUAGGCAUUGAAAACUGUUAAUAUACCCUGGAAAAGAUACUUGAUGUCUGCAUAUGAGAAGACUUAGCAAAAUCUUGUUCAGUUCCAGUAUAUUUGAGUAAACCUGAGAUGUGCUGACAAACACAUUUACUUUGAAAACAUCCAUAUACUCAGCAAGGGAGGUGGUUGAAAAUACAUUUAAAUGGGUGUUUAUGUGGGUGAUCUUUAAAAAUUCUAGCAUAGCAUACUCUUGUAAUUCAAUUCAUUGUCUUUGAUUAGCAUUGUAUCUUCUAUUUGACCAUUAAGGCCUGUCCACAUGAUACGGCAGUGUCUAACAGGCAUGCUACCAAACAUAUUCCAAUAUACAACAAUUCCUCCAGUAUCUGUAUGUUCAAUAAUCAAAUUUGCCAAAAUGUAGCCAGACGCACACACUUGCGUGAUGCAGCACCACACCAUUUGUUUAAGUGUGUUUUCAUAAUGUGGCAGUGACACUGCAGCCACACUAAAAUAGUGUGACUGCAUAGUGUUACAUCAGCCAUAGUGAGACCCAUCCUUUAUCUGUUUUCACAUUGCAGUGGCCUUUUUCGCUGUGGGCGGUGUUUAUCAGACACCUAUUGAUAGUGUGUAAAGGCCUUCAUGUUCCUUACACAUCUUUUUCUUACAAAGUAACAGUAUAAGUACAUACUCAAGUAAAUUAAGUUACCUCACUGCAGUCUUUCAAAUUUAAUAUACUAAUGUACUACUUUCACCUCUUGCAGUAUUCACAGAAACUCGUGCUAUAGCCUGUUUAUAAUCAAAAGGUCAAGGGAGUGAUAUGACAAAUAUAUAUAGACAUGACAGGUUGCCAUUCAGUCUAAAGAUGUAUACAGUUUAACUGACCUGAUCUGUCAGGAGUGCUAUGAUGGCUGUUUCAACUUGACUAUGCCAUGUGAAGGUCUACAUCUUCUCUGUCAACUGUGAUUCCUAGUGCUAUGCCAUAGAGCCAAUCUAAUAAUUCAAAUAAUGAACUGACAGCUUUAAACAAUUUAAUCAUUUUUGCACAUAUCAUUUACUACCAGUUUUGACAAUCUCUUCUGAAUCUCGUUCAAACAAUGCACAAGCACUCUUGAUUCAGAAUUUCUAAAUUACCUUUUCACUGUGGUUGAAUAUUGUCAUCAGUCAAGUCAAACUUUUCUUUGGGUAAGUAUCUCACUUUCAAUUCAUCCCUUCUUUGGGAAUCUGAAAACCUUAGUGCUUCACAGUAAGAGAAACAAUUGCCUUGCUAUGUUCCUACACAAGUAGGUAAUUAUUAAGAGUAGAUGUACAUAAUAGGUUUUUAUUCUACAAUGUUAGAAAUAUAAUAAAAAUCAUGUACAAGA